UUCAGCUGCACACCUUCGGUUACAAAUUAGGAAAAAAAAAAGCCACAAUCAAGUGUCAUUUUUCUCCCUUCUCAUUCUAUUUAUUCAAGGGUGGGAGUAGUGGUUUUUUGUGUGUUUUCUUUCCUUUGUGCAACAACAACAACUGAAGAUGAAUAAGCAUCAAGCGUCAGAGAAGAAGAACGAUAACAUGGAGAAGCCACUAACACCAUUGAUGCCUCCUCCUCCUCCCACACUUGAAAGGACGACUUCCAUUGAUGAUGAGCCUAAAACUUUGCUUGAGGAGGAGAUGAAAGUUGCAAGGGAGGCAGCUCUCAAAAUCAUCAAUUCUCACUCAAAAGAAGAUGCCCUGAAAAUAUUCCUGGCGGGUUUGGUGCCAGUUGGAACAAGCUCAAAGCAGGUGAAAGAGGAUGGUGUCGUGUCUGACUACGAUGACGACGACGAAUGAAGCAUUAUUCGGUUGGAAUAUGAUGGUCCUGUGGAAAGCUGAAGCUUUAAUUAGGAGUUCUUAUGUGUCUGUUGUUUUCUUUGUUUUAAUUAGAAUGUGUUGCAUGUGGAUUAAAUAAUUACUCCUAAGUCCUAUCAAACAGUUUAUUACCUUCAAUUGGGAAUGUUAUUGUCUUGUGUUGAUCUGAAUUUGACUUCCAUAUCUAUUUUGCUUUA